AGUGGAAGUUGAUACGAAGGUGGUUGGAGGCUCGAAUUGUUGGAGCAGACCAAGAUUUCCAGGAAAUGUUCCGAUCAUACAGUCGAUGUACCACACUCAUCCUGUUUGACUUACAAAUUGGUAUUAGCCUCCUCGUAUUUGUCUAUCAUCCACGACUAAAUGCACUUUUGGCUGAAAAGAUUGGUGUACCUUUUCUCGUGGCUGUGACUGUCGGCAUGGCAAUUAUCCUGUUGAUUGGAAUAGACCGUGAAAAAAAGUGUUGCAUUUACCUUUGGAGUGGCUUCGUUUUUCUGGAGCCAAUUUACAUAGGCUUGAAGUGUGUUCAUUUGGGCUUGCAAUGGGACGCAGGCAUUGAUCAGAUGUCAGCUGGUGUUGUCUUCGCUAUUGCUGCAAUAGCAAUUGUAGUUCGAGGACUUCUGGCUUACUACGUUGAUUGCUGCUACAAAAAUUUUGAUCGCGGACUAAAAGAACGAGGUUAUACACCCUGGUCUACGUGUUUCUGCGCCAUUUAUGUUUAGUGGUCUGAAUUACACAAUGCUGAAUUUGAGCUCCUAGCGCUCGCAUGCUACUUGUCUAUCUAAUGUUUGCGGUUCUGCUUGCGUUGUGCACGUUUUCUAGAUUACCACCAUGAUAUCAAUCCUCCACAAAUUUUGUGACAGCACCUCCA